GAGAAGAGUAAGGACCAUGCCAGGGAAGAGAGCAAACACAAAGGCAUGAACGGGUGAGGAAGCACGGCCUGGGUAGAAGAUGCCAUGUACCUUGACAUGCUGGCAAAACAAAGAACUCAAAAGGUGGCCCAGGGCCAGCAAUGAUGUUGGUUUCUGCAGAAGCCCAGGGAAAAGGAAAGGUUCCUCACCUAAUGCAGUGACAAGAGAAUUAACUUGAAAAAUAGAAGAUAAAUGUAACUUAGAGAAGAAUGGACUUUGGAUAUGGAAUUGCCCCUAGCUGAACCUGGCUAGCAAUUCUUGGUGUUUCCGUUUGAAGAACAAAGCAGAUGAUCAGAAAAAUCACCAUGGCUUCUUCCAGACUCGGGUUCCGUUUGGCUGCUUGUUUACUAAGUAUUUCAGAAGCCAGAAGAAAAUACAUUGUUGAGAACAUAGCAAAAGCAGCUCUUCUUGAAAGAAAUGGGCAGAAAUAUCCUGAAGUAUCAAUGUUCAGUAUAUUUUUUUCUGAUCAAGACUACAUCAGAUCUGUCAUUACAGUAACAGCUUCUAUUAAUGAGUUAGGCAAUUCUCUUCUGGCUGCCAGCUUGGAGGCCUUUAAUUCUAUCACUGUGGAGAUUUGAGAGGGAAGCCACUCUUGCCUGGGAGCAGUGAACCUCUCUCCCACUGACCCUCUCUCUGGUGUCCCAGGGGACGAGUGUGGAGCUGUGGCCAGAAGUAAGAGAAAGUUUAGGGCAGUGUAUCACUCCUGAUUAGAAACCAUUUUUCACAAUUCAGAACAGUUUGUGAUAAGAUAAGCAUUCCUCAACUCCCCGAGAAGAGUUGACCUUGGAGAAUUCCAGCAACAACAGGCUCUCAUGGGCUGCGGUGCACACCAUGUCUCUGUGACUUCUCUUUCCACUCUCCACCCGACUGGGAUGGGGCACAUAACCAUUUCAUCCUUUACAGAUUCACCAUAGAUCACGAGAAGCAACGGUAGUUUCUGAUGAGUUCUGUAAACUCCUUAGGGCAGAACAAUGGUGUGUUUUGCCCAUCUGUGUCCUAUUUUCUUGAGCAGGGGUAAUGAUGAGGUUGAAAAACCACUUAAAUGUUAACUCCUACCCCUUUUUCCUCUGAUUUUUUUUCUUUCUUUCCUUAUGCACAACUCUCUUUAAGAUUUGCUUUGGAACUGAACUGUCACAUGCUUGAUUUCAGCCCCAGGGGUGAGUUUAAUUUGGAAAAUUUGAGCUAUGUCACUUGAGGUGUUUUUGAAUUAGGCAAAUUGGGAGAAAAGAAAGACCUUUUGCCUGGACUGUCUAGCUGCACCGUGGUUAAUUAUGAGAUGCAGAGGCUCAUAACCUUUGGGGGAAAGUCCGCCUUAGGAUAAUUGCAUUCUUCUCUGUAUGACCCCAGAAGUCCUUGUAUGAUGUUGCCUCAUUUUUAUUUAAUGCUGUAUUGUCUGACAUUUGGGCUGUAGAUCUGGGAUUCUGGCUGAGCUGGGCUACAGUAAGUACUAGCAAUAGGAAAAGAGACUUGUUUCCAGAGGAGCACCUCCCUGCUUGUGCUGCAUUUUAAUGCGACCUGACAGUCUAAAGAUUAUUUCGGAUAAGCCUGGGCUGAAAUUUGCUGUACUUUUUAUCCAGGAAAGGGUUAAAAUUCAGCAUGGGGGAAAAUACGUUGCACACAAAAAUGAAGAGUUCAGAAUUGUCCAGACCAGAAUAAUGAAUUUAAUUGUCUUCAAAACAAUUAUGUUCAAUUACAUUAAAUCUCAAAUUAGCUAGUAUACGAAGUUCUUCAUUACAUCAGGACCAGCCCCCCCGCAGAUGUUCAUCGUGUGUCGGAGACAGUUGACAGUCGGAGGGUCUGGACACAGUGUUUCUCCCUUCCCUUGCCCUUUGGCUUCAUUGGCAGCUACUGUACCUCAUGAUUUAA